AUGGCAAUGGGUCUAAUAAAGAGAUUACAGCCGCAUUUGAAUCUUAGAGAUUUUCCAUCACUAGCAAAGGAGGAUAGGCCCUCUAAAUCUAGUACAGUCGAGACGGAUACGACAGACAGAGAAGGCAUUGCCGUAGGCCAUGCAGCAUUGAAAGAGGCGUUAUUACGAGAAGGACAUGGAUGCGCUUCGUGCGAUGAGCACAUGGAUGUCAUUCGUGAGGAUACAAUCAACUCAUCUUUUCUCGUCCAGCUUUGGUGUACCGUCUCUGUAUGUUCCCAGGUGCAUACCGUACAUGUCCAUGAACACAAACGGCGUCAUCGUCAUCAUCAUCAUCAUCAUCAGUCAGCCCAAGAGCGCUACAAGGCCGCUAAACCGCCCAGCUGGUGA